AUGGAAAAUUUAAUUCCUAUAGUCAACGAUUUGCAAAAUGUGUUUAAUACAAUAGAGGGUGAUUUAGUAGAUCUCCCGCAAAUCGUUGUUGUUGGUUGCCAGUCUUCCGGAAAGUCAUCUGUUUUGGAAUCAAUCGUCGGCCGCGAUUUCUUACCUCGUGGUGCCGGCAUUGUCACACGUAGACCACUUGUGCUUCAAUUGGUACACGUUGAUCCAGAAGAUGACCAGUACGCCAUGUUCUUACAUCAACCAGGCAAAAAAUACACACGCUUUGCAGAAAUUCGCGAUGAAAUUUCAGCAGAAACAGACAGAUCUACAGGCACAGGCAAAAACGUCACAAAUCAGCCAAUUAAUCUUACAAUUCGCGAUUCAUCAGUUCCAAAUCUUACAAUGGUUGAUCUUCCUGGUCUUACAAAGGUCGCUGUCGAAGGCCAAGAUCCAAACAUUGUCGAAAUGAUUCAUACAAUGGUUCUUCAAUUCAUUACUAAACCAAACUCUCUUAUUCUCGCAGUUACACCCGCGAACCAAGAUCUUGCCAACUCAGACUCCCUCAAGAUCGCUCGCGAAGUCGAUCCAAACGGCGAAAGAACAAUUGGUGUCAUUACAAAGAUUGAUUUGAUGGAUGCCGGUACAGAUGCUGGCCUAGUCUUGCGUAAUGAAAUUUACCCACUCAAACUCGGCUAUAUCGGCGUCAUUAACCGUUCCCAGAAAGAUAUUGAUAACAAACGCCCAAUGAAGGACGCCAUGCGUGCCGAAAUGGAAUAUUUCGAGAGCCAUCCAAUCUACAAGAACUUGCUCGACAGAGUUUCUACAAAAGUCCUUUCAAAUACCUUGAAUCGUCUUCUUGUCGAUCAUAUCAAGAAAUCCAUUCCAGGAUUGAAGACACGUGUUACAACCCUUAUCCAGGAUAAGGAGCGCGAGCUAGAACGCUACGGAGAAGACCCUACAAACGGCGGAAUGAAAGCAUCCGAAUUAAUCCUUACAAUUAUCCAACAAUACGUCCAAGGCUACGAAGAUCUUAUCGAAGGUAAGGUCAGCAACGAGAUGGAUAACGAAGUUAAGGGUGGUGCUCGAAUUCUUCGUAUUUUCCAAGAUCAAUACGAGAAAGCCAUCAUGGAAAUCCCUCCAAUCAGCGCCAUGGACAUCAACGAAGUCAUGUACCUCAUGAGAAACCAAGCCGGUAUCACAGUUCCAAUUUAUGUAUCUCAUCAAGCAUUUGAGUCCUUAAUUCGCCGCCAGAUCGAGAAACUCCGUCCUCCAGCCAUGAAAGCAAUCAACCUCGUCGCUAACGAAAUCCUCCAGAUCCACGCCAACGUUAAUUUCCCAGAACUCGAGCGUUAUCCACAAGUUAAAGACGCAAUCCGCAAUGUCGUUGAAGACCUCGUCAACGGCUGCGUGGAACCAUCCGUAAAGUUCAUCAACGACGUUAUGGAUAAUGAGAAGAUUUUCGUAAACACGACGAGACACGAUUUCAGAGGUGCAGCAGUUCUGGCCGAGAAGAAGCUGAAAGAGGACAUCCCAAUCAAGAAGGACAAGAAGACAGUUCAGAAGGAACAGGCCCAGCAACUGAUAAACCUCGCAUCGAGGUAUUUCGAACUCUGCAGGACACAAAUCGUCGAUGUAAUUCCAAAGACAGUCGUCAUGAUGCUCGUCGACGGAAGCAGAAAGAGUUUGAGCGAAACUCUCUUCAGAAAGAUUUACGGUUCGGGCCUCGCCGACGAACUGUUGAAGGAGGACCCAAGAAUCACAAAGAACAGAAAGAAAUGCGUCGAGUCUCUCGCCGCCCUUCGUAAGGCCUCUGAGAUCCUAUCUAGGGUUGGCAAAUUCAGAAUUUAA